GGGAUCCUUCCGGGGCGUCCGGGCUUCGGUGAGGCGGCGGCUACAGACGGUCAAACUGUCGGCUGGUUUCCAUCGCUCGGUUCUCUGGGAGCAGCGGCGUCGGCGAAGCGGGGUUCAUCAUGUUCUCGUUCAACAUGUUCGACCACCCGAUUCCCCGUGUCUUCCAAAACCGCUUUUCCACACAGUACCGCUGCUUCUCCGUCUCCAUGUUCGCCGGGCCGAAUGACAGGUCAGAUGUGGAGAAAGGCGGGAAGAUAAUUAUGCCGCCCUCGGCCCUGGAUCAACUCAGCCGACUUAACAUCACCUACCCCAUGCUGUUCAAACUGACCAACAAGAACUCAGACCGGAUGACGCACUGUGGCGUGCUGGAAUUUGUGGCCGAUGAGGGCAUCUGCUACCUGCCCCACUGGAUGAUGCAGAACCUGCUGCUGGAGGAAGGAGGCUUGGUCCAGGUGGAGAGCGUCAACCUGCAAGUGGCCACCUACUCCAAGUUCCAGCCACAGAGCCCCGACUUCCUGGACAUCACCAACCCGAAAGCAGUUUUGGAAAACGCGCUCAGGAACUUUGCCUGUCUGACCACCGGGGACGUCAUUGCCAUCAACUAUAAUGAGAAGAUCUACGAGCUGCGGGUGAUGGAGACCAAACCUGACAAGGCUGUGUCCAUCAUCGAGUGUGACAUGAAUGUGGACUUCGAUGCUCCUCUGGGCUACAAAGAACCCGAGAGACAGGUGCAGCACGAGGAGUCAACAGAAGGCGAGCCUGAGCACAGCAGCUACACUGGAGAGCUGGGCUUCCGCGCCUUCUCCGGCUCUGGGAACAGACUGGAUGGAAAGAAGAAAGGGGUGGAGCCCAGCCCCUCCCCACUCAAGCCUGGAGACAUUAAAAGGGGAAUUCCCAAUUACGAAUUUAAACUUGGUAAGAUCACUUUCAUCAGAAACUCACGUCCACUGGUCAAAAAGGUUGAAGAGGAUGAAGCCGGCGGCCGAUUCAUCGCUUUCUCUGGAGAAGGACAGUCACUGCGCAAAAAAGGAAGAAAGCCAUAAAUUGGGACUUUGGUGGCUGCUUUGAAAAUAAAAGAAACCCUGGCAA